UUAAGAGUAUUGAGUUUCAUCCAUUCGGCUCUGUUCGAUUCUCAAGGUUUGGGACGGAGAAGAUGAUGGAAGGUGUGGCGCUGAAGCUCCAAUUCAGAAUUCCUACUUCCUCCACACUCCGCCAUUCCUCUUCUCCUUUUCUCCGCUGCAGCUUCCGCAGAUUUUCCUCUCCUUUCUCAGUUUCUGCCUCUGCUUCCACCGCCAGGGAAACCGACAACUUGCAUCUCGGCUCACUUUCCCUUGGGCACAUAACUCGACCUGAUUUCCCUAUCCUCCAUCAGGAAGUAAAUGGCUCCAAGCUUGUCUACUUGGACAACGCUGCCACCUCGCAGAAGCCCCGUGCUGUGUUGAAAGCUUUGCAGAAUUAUUAUGAGGCUUACAAUUCAAAUGUUCAUCGUGGCAUGCACUUCUUGAGUACGAAGGCAACUGACGAGUAUGAAUUGGCAAGAAAGAAGGUUGCGUCUUUUAUCAAUGCUAGAGAUGCUAGUCAGAUUGUUUUUACAAGGAAUGCAACUGAAGCUAUCAAUCUAGUGGCUUAUUCCUGGGGCAUACCUAACUUAAAAUUAGGAGAUGAGGUCAUAAUUACAGUUGCUGAACAUCACAGUGCUAUUGUCCCCUGGCAAAUUGUAGCUCAAAAGACUGGUGCUGUUCUGAAGUUUGUGAAUUUAGGUGAACAUGAAGUCCCAAACUUGAAAGAUUUCAAGGAGAUGUUUUCAACAAAAACGAAGCUUGUGGUUACCCAUCAUGUCUCAAACGUACUAGCGUCUGUUCUUCCAAUUGAAGAAAUAGUUGGCUGGGCACAUCGUUUUGGAGCAAAAGUGGUAGUAGAUGCAUGCCAGAGUGUUCCACAUAUGGUUGUUGACGUCCAGGUGCUUGAUGCUGACUUUCUUGUUGCUUCUUCUCACAAGAUGUGUGGGCCUACAAGCAUUGGAUUUUUAUAUGGAAAGAGUGAGCUCUUGUCUGCAAUGCCUCCAUUCUUAGGUGGUGGAGAGAUGAUAUCAGAUGUAUUUCUUGACCAUUCCUCAUACGCAGAACCUCCUUCCAGAUUUGAGGCUGGGACACCAGCAAUUGGAGAGGCAAUUGGGUUGGGAGCUGCUAUUGAUUAUUUGUCUGGAAUCGGCAUGCAAAAGAUUCAUAGUUAUGAAGUUGAAUUGGCGAAUUAUCUGUAUGAAAGCCUUCGUGCAGUGCCUAACAUUCACAUAUAUGGCCCAGCUCCCACAGUAAGUGUUCAACGAGCUGCGCUAUGUUCCUUCAAUAUUGAAAACAUUCACCCAACAGACAUUGCAUCCUUUCUUGAUCAACAGCACGGUGUAGCCAUCCGAUCAGGACACCACUGUGCGCAGCCCCUCCAUCGGGCACUCGGCGUGACCGCGAGUGCACGAGCUAGCCUUUACUUCUACAACACAAAAGAGGAUGUGGACUACUUUAUCCAGGCUCUAAAUGAUGCUGUAAGUUUCUUGGACGCUUUGAGGUAGAGAUCAGGCAAUACCAACUUCCUGGUCUGGUAGGUCCAUAUCUUGAACUGAACCUUCAAUAAUGCAAGGCACUCUAUUUCUUGGUCUAUUUCUUGGUUAUCUUGAGCCAGCAGUGACUGCCAUCUCUUUGCCCUUGUAAUUACUCCUGGUUUUAGGCUUUAUAAUACUCAUAAACUAAUUUAAUUUAGCUAUAGUUUCAUGGACUCCAUGAAAUAUUAUAUAUAGCUUUGUUUUACGAGAUUUUAA